AUGACGACUGUUCAUAUUACAAAUGGAAAUGGUGAACAAAUUGUAGGAAUAUUACAAGAGAAAUCUAGAGAGAAAAGACUUGUCCUAAUUGUUCAUGGAGAACAAGGACAUAAAAAUCAUUUAUAUCAAGAAAGCUUGGCCAAGCAGUUACCAUACAGCUCUUUUCGUUUUGACUUUUGUGGUAACGGAGAUAGUGAUGGUCAACCUGGUUAUGACCAUAUAGAAAAAGAUGCUGAAGAUAUCCAUUAUGUGGCUAGUCAUUUUGAGUCACACGGAUAUGAAAUCUAUGCCAUCAUUGGCUUUGGCAGAGGCUCUCUUAGUGGAUUAAAAUAUGCAAAUACGUGCGAGAGACCAUUAAGUCAUUUCGUUAAUAUCGCUGCGCCUUUUCUCACGAAAGAUGAUGCAUUGAUUUCACAACAAGAUAAAGCGUCUUUAGAAAAGAAUGGAUACUUCAUGUGGAAGGUCUAUCAGAAAGGAAGAUUAAACGAUUUCAAAGUGAAUCGUGAAGCAUACGAGGCUUAUGCUGCUUGGGAUAACUCUCACGUCAUACAUAUGCCUAAAGCAACGUGUGUCUUAACUAUUCACAGUAUAGACGAUAAGGUUGUACCUGCAUAUCACGCGGCCAUGUUUGCAAACAAGAUUUCAAAUCACACACUCAUGUUGCUACCCAACACAGAUCACCAAUUUAUGAGUCACCAUGAUGACUUGAUCGACAUUAUUCUGAAAUACUUUGAUAAACACGAAAAGGAUGCUUAUCGAAAAGCAGUGGCUAUGGGUCAACAUGUCAGUGUGGUCAUUCCUCGUUGGAUUGAUGUGGAAGGAGUCAUGAAUUUCAGAGAUGUUGGUGGCUGGCCAAUUAAGGAUGGCAGUGGAUAUAUACGAGAGAGAAUCAUCUUUAGAUGUGGACAUCUUGCAGGUAUCACGCCUAAAGGAAUAGAAACUCUAAAAAGACUCAAUGUCAUUGCUGUCUUCGAUUUCCGUUCAGAGCCAGAAAUUGAGAGACAAGGACAUAUGCCAGAUAUUCAUGGUGUCACUCAUGUCCCAUCGGCCAUGUUUACCAAGGCAGAUUAUUCACCAGCAGCAAUGGCUAGUCGAUGGAAGGGCUAUUUUGAAGGUCCCUAUGGAUUUCCUAAAGUGUACUCUGUUAUAUUAGAAAAAGGAGCACCUUACUAUAGAAAAAUAUUUUUGCAUUUGCUCCAAAACCACUCAAUUCACUCCAACAAGUCGAUUAUUGUUCAUUGCACGGCAGGAAAAGAUCGCACGGGUAUCUUUUGUAUGUUAUUGUUAGGUUUAUGUGGGGUGGAUGAUGAAAUUAUUGCAAAUGAGUAUGGACUGAGCAGCCUUGGUUAUUGGGAACCUGAAGAAGAAUUACAAAGGAAGGCGGUUCAUCUGAACGUAACAGUGGAUGAUGUUCGCAUUGUUACAUCAGCACCAUACAUUGCUAUGAAGGAAACGAUUCGUCUAGUAAAAGAGAAAUAUGGAAGUAUUGAAGGAUAUAUAAGAAAUGAGUGUGGAUUAAGACAAGAAGAAAUACAAGGAAUUAGAGAUUUAAUGAUUGUUCCAAUUCGAUUUGAAGAACGUCAAUUGUUUAGACCAAAGAUUUAA